AUGACUGUCGAUACCAAGCCCCGACUCGUACGAGUUGCCGUUUUCGAAUGUCUCGAACUCGCAGCCAACAUUGCGCAGACAAGAGGACAAUUCGUCGAUGUAUUUGCUGCUUGGCUGCAAAGGGCCGCUCUCAGUUACAAUAGUCGUCGUCCCCUCGCAGAACAAGUACGGAUCGAGACCACGGCGUACAACGUCGUGCAAGGACAAUACCCACCUACAUUAGACGACAUUGACGCCAUCAUCGUAUCCGGAUCAACAGCAUCUGCCUAUGAUCAAGACCCUUGGAUCUUGCGACUUGCAGAAUAUUUGAAAGAUGUCUAUACACAUAACCAACGAGUUCGGCUCUUUGGCGGCUGCUUUGGACACCAGCUCAUGGUCCACACUUUGCUCAGAGAGAAUGGCGCUUUUGUCGAAAAGAGUCCAAACGGAUGGGAGAUUGGCGUCCACGAGGUAGCCCUCAACCCAAAAUUCAAGGCACAUUUCCCGGUUCUGGAAGGCGUUUCCAAAAUUUCAUGCCAAUUCUUGCAUGCUGAUCAUGCGGUUUUGGACGAGGCCCAACUCGGCGAUGGAUGGGUGCGCGUAGGGGCGAGCUCGUUGUGUAAUGUGCAGGGCGUAUACAAGCCAGGCAAAGUUCUGACUUUUCAAGGCCAUCCUGAGUUUGACGGCUUUUUGAAUGAGCAGGGCGUGAGGAAUUUGGAGAAGGGUGCCGUGCUGAACAGAGAGCAGGUUGAGAGUGCACUGAAAUUAAUCCACCAGGAAGACGAUGCGAUCCUGCACGGUGAAGUCGUGAUUGAUUUCAUAGUCAGAGCCUAG